GAGCUACAAGGGAAGACUCGAUUUAAAAAGAAAAAAAAAAGGGACUUCCCUGGUGGUCUAGUGGUUAAGAGUCUGCCUUCCAAUGCAGGAGAUGAGGGCUUCCAUCCCUGGUCGGGAAACUAAGAUCCCACAUACCUCCAGGGAUCUAAGCCUGAGGGCCCCAACUCCUGAGCCAGGAGAUCUUGUUUGCACAACAAAGACCUGAUGCAGCCAAAAAUAAAUAAAUACUUUUCUUUUUUUAAAGAAAGGGGGCAUCAACCCCAGUUCCCUCUACCCUGCGGCAGAGCUCAGGUGCCUCUCCAGCAGGUAGGACCAGACAGUGGCCCCUACCCCGGUGAGCUGGCUCACUCAGAGCAGGACUGGCACCAGGGUCAUGUCCACUACUCCCUCAGGUAGGUGAUAUGUGUGCCUGGCAGUGAGUGUCCAAAGUGUCCUGAAAGUCUUGGUGUCAGAAGAGCUGGAACUUGAACCCAGGGUUGCAGAGCACCUUCCCUUGCCUAGGGCUGUCAUAUCACCACGCCUGCUGGCAGGGCUGGUCUCCCAGCCCCACCCCCCUCCUCCUCCAACCUGGCUGCUAGACUCCAGUCAGGUGGGGGCGGUCAGCUGAGGCUUUCCCAACAACCGUUUAGAGAUUGGCUGUGCCAAAGAGCAGGGACAUUGUUCCACCUUCUACCACUUCUGCCCACAGUUGAGUGUGAGUAAGAAGCAUGGGCACAGUGGUAAGAACCAGGUCUGGGGUCCUGGUCUGGGUGGCCUGUCUGCUCCUGGCAUUCUCUGCUACAGCCACUGGGCCGGGGGUCACUCAGCCUGAAGUGGACACACCCCUGGGCCGUGUGCGAGGCCGGCAGGUGGGCGUGAAGGGCACAGACCGUCUUGUGAACGUCUUCUUGGGCAUCCCAUUCGCCCAGCCGCCCCUGGGGCCCCACCGGUUCUCGGCCCCGCGCCCAGCGAAGCCUUGGGAGGGCGUGCGAGAUGCCAGCAGGGCCCACGCCGUGUGUCCGCAGGAUCAGGAGAGAAUGAACAACAGCAGAUUCACGCUGGACGGAAAGCACCAGACCUUCCCCAUUUCGGAGGACUGCCUGAUCCUCAACAUCUACAGCCCGGCUGAGGCCCCCUCGGGGGCAGGAAGGCCAGUCAUGGUGUGGUUCCACGGGGGCUCUCUCGUGACUGGCACCGCCAGCACCCACGAUGGGUCCGCCCUGGCCGCCUACGGGGACGUGGUCGUGGUCACAGUCCAGUACCGCCUGGGCUUCCUUGGCUUUUUCAGCACUGGGGACAAGCAUGCUCCUGGCAACUGGGGAUUCCUCGACGUCGUGGCUGCUCUGCGCUGGGUGCAGGGGAAUAUCACCCCCUUUGGGGGUGACUUCAACUCUGUCACCAUCUUUGGUGACUCCACUGGGGCCUCUGUCGUCUCUGCCCUGGUCCUGUCCCCACUGGCUGCCGGGCUGUUCCAUAGAGCUAUAGCACAGAGUGGAAUCAUCACCCUACCGGGGUUUCUGGAUCCUGACCCCUGGCUCCUGGCUCAGACCCUCGCAGACUCCUUGGCCUGCAACUCUGACUCCUCGGCUGGGAUGGUGCAGUGCCUUCGGCAGAAGACAAGCGAGGAGAUAAUCCUUGCCUACAAGUCGAGAAAAAUGGCUUUGUACAACAUCGAUGGUACCUUCUUUCCCAAGAGCCCUGAGGAGCUCCUGAGGGAGAGGCAGUUCCACUCUGUGCCCUUCCUCUUCGGAGUCAACAACCACGAGUUUGGCUGGCUCAUCCCCAGGGGCUGGGGUUUCCUGGAGAAGAUGGAUCAACUGAGCCUGGAGGACAUGCUGGCCAUCCUGAGGCCCUUCUUGACCAAUAUGGAUGUGCCCACUGAGGUGAUGUCCACCAUCAUAAAGGAAUACCUAGGCAGCAGCUCAGAUGGACAAGCCAAGCGAGAAGCCUUCCAGGAAUUGCUAAGUGACAGUUUCAUAACCUUACCCAUGUUGCAAUUUGCGAGACACCUCCAAGAUUCUGGGGUCUCCAUCUUUUUCUAUGAGUUCCAGCAUCGACCCAGUUCUUUUGCAAAGAUCAAGCCAGCCUGGGUGCGGGCUGAUCAUGCGGCUGAGUUGACCUUCAUGUUCGGCGGUCCUUUCCUCACGGAUGAGAGCUCCAUGUUGGCCUUUCCAGAAGCCACGGAGGAGGAGCAGCAACUGAGCCUCACCAUGAUGGCCCAGUGGACCAACUUUGCCUGGACAGGGGACCCCAAUGGCAAGGGGCUGCCUCUUUGGCCCCCAUUCAACCAUGCGGAGGAAUACCUGGAAAUCAGCCUGGUGCCACGGGUCAACCAGAAGCCAAGGGAGGCCCGAAUGCAGCUCUGGGCAGAGAUACUUCCCACCAAGUUUGGGCAGUGGCAGCAUAAGCAGAAGGGCAGGAAGGCCCAGGAGGAACUCUGAGGCAGGCCCUGGGCCUUCUGGGCUGGAGCUCAGCCCUAGGGGUGGCCACAUCCCAGGCGGGCAGCCUCCUCCUCUCCCUUCUGUGCUAUGUGCUAAAUCACUUCAGCUGUGUCUGACGCUUUUGCAACGCCCAUGGACUGUAGCCCGCCAGGCUCCUCUGUCCCUGGGAUUGUCCAGGCAAGAAUACUGGAGCGUGUUGCCAUGCCUUCCUCCAGGGGAUCUUCCUGACCCAAGGAUCAAACCUGGGUCUCUUACAUCUCCUGCAUGAGGAGGCAGGUUCUUUACCUCUAGUGCCAUCUAGGAAGCCCUCUCUCACUGCUAAGAGACUUUAACCCAAACCAGGCUGAUGGGCAGUCAUAUCUCUUAAA